AGUGAAAAGCAACGGGAGUUCUCGGUUGACGACAGAGUGCGUCCGUGCGCGUGGUGGGAACGGUAGCAAGAUGGCGGCGCUGAAGGAGGAGCAGUGCUACGGACUGUCCUGUGGAAGAGUGAGCAACGGCAGCAAUGUCUCCGUCUUCCACGUUAAACUCACUGACAGCGCGCUGAGAGCGUUUGAAGGCUAUCAGAGCGGCAAGGUCCUGUCAUCACGACCACUGAUCAGGUUUAAUGGAAACCAAGGGAAAAUUUCGAUACCACGGUCAGAAAAUUCCAGUGAACUGCAAACGUUUACUUUCUACCUGUCAAAUGUGGGCAGAGAUAACCCCCAGGGCAGCUUCGACUGCAUCCAGCAGUACAUCACGAGUGAAGGGAGCAUUCAGCUGGAUUGUUUGGGUGGGAUCCAGGACAAGAUUACAGUAUGUGCCACAGACGACUCCUACCAGAAGGCCAGGGAGAGCAUGGCCCAGGUUGAGGAGGAGACUCGCAGUAGGAGUGCCAUUGUCAUCAAACCUGGUGGGAGAUACGUAGGUAAGAAGGUCCAGAUCCGGAAACCGGCACCUGGCCUGUCAGACAUUGCCCCGUUACGGAGGACGUCUCGGCCCGUCAUCAUCUCUAGCAGUACGCUAAAGAAGGGCACACCUCAGCACAGGCCGCUCCGGGAGCGCCUCGUACACCUGUUGGCCCUCAAGCCUUACAAAAAGCCUGAGCUGAUCCUGAGGUUGCAGAAAGAUGGCCUCCUGCCAUUAGACAAGGACUCCCUGGAUAGCCACCUGCAACAGGUGGCGAACCUGAAUGGGAAAGACAACGCCUUCACAUUGAAGGACUUUUUGUAUAAGGAAAUUCAGAAGGACUGGCCGGGCUACACAGAAGGAGACCAGCAGAUUCUCAAGAGAAUCCUGUUUAGGAAACAGAGCCAGGCCCAGAACAGUUCUGCCCCUCCACUGGAGAGCCCGCCCAAAGAGCUGGCCGGCAGCUCCCCAUCUCAGAAACGGCCCGCUGCUGACUUCAUCGACCCCCUUGCCAACAAAAAGCCCAGGAUAUCGCACCUCGCCAGCAAGGCUGCAACAGCCCCAGUCAAUGGCAAGCUCGGCUCCACCAACGGGAGAGGAGAGGCAGGUGGACCGCAGGCAGCAGUCGCGGUUUCUAUGUCAGACGGCGGCAUGACGUCCAGCUCCCAGCAGCUCCCUGUGCUGGACAUCCCUCGUCCAUUUGAAGCACUGUCGGAUGUCAGCAACGACUCCAGCCACAACGGGAGAGACUGUGACUCUCAGGAAACAGCAGUGUCCGAGAGGCUCAGCCAACCGCCUUCGUUUCUCUCGGGCCCAACGAUACUCCCUGCACCCAGCAUUGGCACAUCAUCUCCUGGACACAUGGUUCUGGAGGGGCCUCGGGACAAGAGUCCUUCAUCCUGCAACAACAAGUCCAGGAAGAAGUCAAAAAAGCAUAAAGACAAGGAGAAGAGCAAAGACAGGGAGAGAGUGAGAGAAAAGGCGCAAGAGAAGGAGAAAGAGAAGGAGAGGAAGAGUCGUGAGGAGCGUGUGCCUGAGCCUAACAGAGCCUGUGAGAUGAGCCCAGCAAGCCUCAAAAGCAACAGUAUUCCACACAAAAGCACAGAUCUGAAUGGAAUGUGCAACAGUACCAGUAUUCCUUUGUCAUCACCUGAGGUGGCAGACUAUUUAUUGAAGUACACAGUGAUCGGCUCUCCGGAGCAACGUCAGAGGUAUAAAAACGAUUUCAAUGCUGAGUACAGUGAGUACCGGGGUUUGCAUGCUCGGAUAGAGGGCAUCACCCGGCAGUUCACGGUGCUUGACAAUGAGCUGAAACAGCUCCACCAAGGCACAGACAAGUACAAGACAAUCCACAAUCAGAUACUUCAAGAGUAUCAUAAAAUAAAAAAGACUAAUCCAAACUAUAGUCAAGAGAAGAACCGCUGUGAAUAUCUACACAACAAACUGGCACAUAUAAAGAGACUUAUUGCCAAGUACGAUCAACAGCAACUUUUAAAGUAGUUAGUAGACAUUGUUUCCCUGUUAUCUCUGGAAACCAAGCAGAUAAAGGAAAACUCUGGAUUCUGCUUGUGCUAAAAUAAAACGUUCUCAUGAAAGAUGCCAUGAAGGGAGGAUUCCCCUCAUUGGGGCCAAAGGCUCUAGUGAGGACUAAGCAGGACACACAAUCUUCUUUCUCUUUACUUUUUUUUUCUUUUUUUUUUUCUUUUUCUUUUUGGAGGAUGGGGUUGUGCCUGGUGUGGCCAGGUCCGUCUGUGUAGUUACAAUGCAUCCAGGAAAAAACGGUUCUGCGUGGCUUUGUUUUUCUCUACAGCCCACCCUGCUUAUAGUGCACAGAGGUCUGAAAGAGUCAAACAUGGAAACUUUCCCACUUUCUUGGGAGAUAUGCGAAUAAUCUUUUCUGUUUUUGAAACCGGAGAGAAAGGGGGCACUGAGAUGAAAACUGCAGAUUGUACGCCAAAUGCAACUAAUUUGUUUUUUGAGUAAAGAAAACUUAAGUGAAUUUCCCCAUAUACUGAAUCGAAUGGUUGUGACGUUGAAUUUAUCUCUCGGUUUUUCUUUUAUUUAUUUUUUGACACUUAACUGGGAGGGGGGGGGGGGGGGGNNGCUGAGUCUGUUCUACACUCCUCAAUAUCAGUACUUAAAAGCUGUCUCUUAUUUUCUGUCCUCGCAUCUUGAAUGUCAGCCAGUAUUUUAUUCAGAAGCUGCCUUGCCCAUCUAAUUGUCAAGCUGUUGGCGUUGAUUUUUUUUUUUUUUUUUUUGAAGAGAUGCAGAUAUUACUGUUGAUUAAAUCAAAACGAUGCCUCUAAACGCACCUAGUCAGACGCAAGUUUGUGCGCUUGGCUUUUCUUUUCUAAAAAUCAUGUGCAGAUGUCUUAACAGAGGGGACAUGUGUGAAAGUUUCCAGUCACUCUUGAGCUGUAGAUUUCUUUGAACACGGUCUCCUCACUCAGUCAUGACGAGCUGCAGUGCUUGUUCAUCGGUCACAGCAGUGGUCCUUAGUUUCAUCAUAUCGUAUCAAUGAAAAACUAGAUUUAGUUCUUAAUUGGUUGUCUUUCCAGGUUAGGUCAUGACGGCUUUUGUAGCAAUAGAACGAUUCAAGGUUAUCUGAAGAGUUCAUUUCCAGUUAUACUCUUCAUGCUUCAGAAGAUCCUCUAAUUGUAAGAUGAUGCAGACAGGGGAUGUAGAUCUGCAGGCUUUUUUUUUUUUCCCAUCUUCAAAAUGUUUUUAAAAAUUAGGUAGUCACAGAUCUGAUAUCUCCUAAGUUACCAUCAAUGUCACAUUUUUAGUUAUGUUAAAAUAGUGUUUACAGUGUCUUUAAAAACAAAUUUUUUGUUUUGUCUGCUCAUCGACCCACAUGAAUAGUCCAUUGAGACGACUGUUAAGAUGAAGCCAUCCUUGAUCAUCUUCCAGGUGUUGUCCUCUUGGAGAAGGAGGGCUCCCCUGUGACCAGUUUUUGCCUUUUUCAAAUGUGAUGUCAAAUAUUCACAGAGGUUGACCUGAAAUCUAUUUCCUGGAUCAGCUCUCCCUUUCUGAGAAGCGUUGCGUCAAAGGCGGAUCCACUAGACGGAUCCGUAGACAAUUCAGAAAUGCUGUAUCGGACACUUAACCCGAUGAAGGAGCGAGUCGAGUUUAGUCAGCGAAUGCAUUUCUUAUAUCGAUCUUUUUAUGUGAAUAUGAAAAAUCAGCACUUUUUCUCCUGAUCUUGCUGUUACCUGGGGGUUUUGUCCAAACGACUUUUCUCUUUGUCCAUCAGAGUGCAUGCUUUAUGAAUGUGUUACAAUGAACAGUCUUUGUAUCUUUACUUGAAGAAAAAAAAAAACUGCCCACGGAUAUCAAAAUCCAAGCAAAGGCCUAGUCCAACUGAAUCGGUAUGUAAUCAAUUCGACAUGGCUCUGACCAGCAUGUAUACCAAAGUGCUUACCGAAUGGGAUGAAACGAAACGCUCUACCAAAUGUUGGCAAAGGAACAUGUCACAGUAUUCUCGGUUUCCUGUUUUUAUCAUGUCUUUUGUCAUAAUUUAUCAUCCAGUGGAAUCUUUCUCAGUGUUUUCUUGUGAGAAGUCAGAGGACGCUCCUUUGCUCCAGAUGGGAUUUUGCACGACUGGGCUCAAGUGUUUCAAUGUAAUGCCAGGUUUCAGAUUAUAUCACUCAACUAAUGCAAACACUACAUCAAGGCCAAUGCUCCGAGACUCAUCACAGCGAUGCUGCCAGGACUUGAUGAGUUCUGGGUGAGGGAACAUACAGUUUGUAAAGGUCUUUUUACCAGAAUCAACACUUUGCAUCGCCCAGUACUGCAACCUUUUAACAAGAAAGACACCUUUCACCAUUCUUACUGUGGUAUUUUGUUUUCUAGAAGCAUUCUAACAUGAUUACUGUAUUACACCUCUUAUUACGGUCAAAUCCAUUGUGAAUGAGCUCAUCAGUAAACAUGUUUUGAUCCGAUGGAGAGCAAACUGUUUGAAAGUAACGAUAUGCCAGCACAGGAGUACCGUUGUAUGAGCUGAUUGUGCCAAAAUGACCUGUUGUAUAGUGUUUUUUUUGUUUGUUUUUUUUUCUUUUCUCUUCAGUAUAUACAUGCUGCUGUAUAAGCAAAGAGGGCUUUGGAGAAGAGUCAUGAAAUGUUGGCGCUAAAACCCAAAGCACGCUUUUUGAAAACCAUAAGGGACUGGGACUGAAAUUGAUCUUUGUUUCAAUAAAAUUCUUUAAAAUCCUUAUUUGUGAAAUUCUGAA